GGACACACGAUGAUUCUAGAGAAACUAGUGCCACUUCUGGGCCACUUUUGGGGACAGAUGUUAGCAGCUCCACAGCUUUUUACUUGUGCCAGUUUGAAGCACGAAAAUGGCUCAGCGCUUCCGAGCUCUCCUCCUCUGCUUUGAUAAGAACAGUACACGAGGUUCCGUGUUUCAGCUGCUUUCCUGACUUUCAGGCACGACCACCAGGAGGUCAGAAUACAUCCGAGAAGCAAGAUGAGCGCAUUUCCUCUCCGCCCGCCGUACCCUCGGUCCGACACCAUCUGAGAAGCUAAUGGGGGAGCCGAGGGGGAGAUCAGACGGCUCGCAGCCGCCCGCCGGGGCACGGCUCGGCUGCUAGGGCUGGCGGGGGUGGUUUGAAGGAGGAGAGAAGCAGCAAACCAAAGAGCAGCGGCAGCCCGGGCGGGGCGGGCUCCUGCCCCUCGCCGACAGCGCCGGUGUGCGCGGAGCGCCUGGAGCGGGGCCGCCGACCCGGCCCGGCCCGGCCCGGCCCGACUUCCUGGCUUUGCUUCACUGGUGGGUGACUGAAUUUAACCUUCUCUGCAUCACGGUGAUAGUAGUAAUGUGAAGUUUAAUGAGCACCUGCAAAGCUGUGUAGCAGGGAAGGAACUGCCAUGCCCGUGGGACUCUUCAGGGUGUGCCUACUGGUGAUUACAGCUAUUGUCAACCACCCACUCUUCUUCCCCAAGGAGAAUGGCACCGUCCCCGAGAGCACAGAAGAAAUCAUCCAGAAGAUGAAGCAGCGGGAGGAGAGCCUGCGGCUGGAGCAGCUGCGCUUGGAGCGGGAAAUCGCAGACCAGGAAGCCACACAGAAGGCUCUGGAAAAGGCUGCAGUGGUAGUGGAGGAGAGCAAAGAGGAAAAGGUCCGAUGGGAUAUGUGGACUGCCUUCUCCAUGGUCAUCUUCCUGCUGAUCGAGCUCUGGAGGCAGGAUUUCCAGGAAGGGAAUUGGCAGGACAUAGGAGGAGAAGAAGAUGACAUGGCAGUCCUGGGGAAAGCAUUUAAAGGAGUGGCCUUCCCCAACAAGGCUGUCCUGGCCAGCUUCUAUGAGAAGCGUAUCCUGGGGACCACUGGAGACAUGGCCAGGAUGCGGGAGAUGGUGGAAGGCUUUGCAGAUGACCUGCUGGAGGCCCUGAGGAGUGUUUGUAACCGGGAUGCUGACAUGGAAGUGGAAGAUUGCAUGGGUGUGGGGAGCAUGUAUGAGAACUGGAGAGUGCGUAAACCCUUCGUCUGUGAUCUGAUAGUGCCUUUUGCCCCCCCAGAGCCUUACUGCUUUCGCUGCCAGACCUGGUGCUCUGGUGACUCUUUUCCCCCAGAUGAACAAGGUUAUGGCACUAUCAAGGUGUGCAGGGCAGAUGAGGAUACAGCAGGUUGCAUCUGUGACAAGACUAAACUAGGGGAAGAUAUGUUGUGCCUCCUUCAUAGCCAGGUCAGUAGUACCAGGACCAGCAGUGAGAUGGAAGACCUCCUGUGCUUCAAAAAUACUCAAUAUCUGGAUGCUGACCAAGUCAUGAAGUGGUUCCAGAUUGCCGUCACCAAGGCCUGGAACAGAAUCUCCCACAAAUAUGAAUUUGAUCUUUCCUUCAGCCUCCUGGACUCACCAGGAGCCCUGAAGAUAAAAUUUAAAUCAGGGAAAUCGAUUGCCUUCAACCUCACCCCUGUGGUGCAGUAUGAGAACUCUGAUGUUUACUUCAUCUCCCACUUCCCUCGGAGCAGCCUGGCAGCAGACAUCUCCUCCAGCACCCACUGGUUUCUCACCUUCGCCGUGUAUGAGAGGAGGUUCAUCCAGCUGGUCUCCAAAACACUGCCUGCCAAUGCCUGCCACGUCAGCUGCCUUCAGAUCCUCUCCUUCCUCCAUGGGAAGCAAUGCAGCCUCACAGGUCCCAGCGGGCUCACCAACUACCACCUGAAGACAGUGCUGCUGCAUCUCCUGCAGGCACGUCCCAGUCAGGACUGGGCCCCAGAAAAGCUGGAGGCCCGCCUACAGGACAUGCUGAAAUUCCUAGAGAAAUGUUUGCAUGAAAAGAAGCUUUAUCACUUCUUUAUUGGCAAUGGGAAUGUACCAGCAGAGCUGGGUUUCCCCAUCAUAUUUCAGAGGGCUGAGCCUCUCAACCUUUUCCGUCCCUUUGUGCUACGCAGGGACAUCUACAGGAAGAUGGUGGACACGUUCCACGAGAUGCUCAGGAACAUGUCUGCACUGAUAAGUGAGUACACAGUGCACAUUCCCCUUGCACACACCAAUGGGAUCCGUAAGGAGCCCCUUUAACCAAAGCCAAACUCUAAGCACAAGUCCAGAGGACAACUUCCUGAAGCCUCCUGGAGACAACUGACUUUGCCAAUAAAGCUUCUUGUCUGGAGCUGAACCAGUCCUGGGCCAUGGUUCCUGCUGAAAGGACAAGGCUAUGGAAGAAGAUAGGGAGAAACUGGAAGAUGUGGUGUUGAAGUGUUCCACUGCUGUGCUUGGUUUUAUGCAGCUAAGAAUAUAUUUUUUCUAUUGUGCCUCAGUCAUGCUACAGCAGUGGUGAGCAAUAUAAGUAAUUUAUUCAGAUGCCUGCAAUGCAAAUGGGGGUGGGGAUGUGAUGGUGGCCAAAUACUUCAUUUCCUUCAGAAGGGGGAGAUAAGAACAGAAUGGGGGAAUCAAAGACAGGAUCUUGGGAUCAAAGGAGCCCAUCUGCUUACAGACAGCAGGAGCUCUUUCACCAAUGGGAAGUGCUGGUGUGGAGAGGAGGAGGGUCAUGCACAAGAUCUGGACUGGAUGGAGAUCCUUAAAUAAAGCACAGCUUUGAAAGGGAACUGUAAUUUAAAAAAACUGAUUGGACUUGCAGGACAAACUUAAAUGGCUUAUCCUGUCCUGUCCUUCAAAAACACCUCUGCACAUUUUUUCUCCUGUAGGAGGAUAUAUCAGAGCAGGGUCUGUGUCUUCAGACCAUUUCAUUUGAGUUUUCCAUGGUAACAUGGAAUAUUCCUGUCCAUUUUGUAUGGAUCAAUGAACAGGAAUCUUUUCUACCUUGGAUAAAAGAAACAUCACUAUUGGGUUCUGACAUUUUGGGUUGUUUGUUCAUUUUCCUUACCUUGGGGCACUAAGGCAUGAGAACAGCCUAGAGAGAAGGGAAAAGCAGGGCUUGAACUAUAUGAUCUUUAGACAUGCCUCCCAGCCCAAACUAUUCUGAUUCUAUGACUGCUCUAAGUUUUGCUUUCAUAAAAGAAGCAGUUCUCCAAAAUUAUCCUGUAAUGAAGCCAAUCUCAGAAGUCCAGUAGCAGGACUGAACAAUCACCCUCCAAAUGAGAGUGACUCUCUGCACAUGAUUUUAAUUGGGCCAAGGCCAGCAGGGAGAAGGAAGGGAUAAAAAAGAUGCACAUGUAGUAGACCUGGGUAGUGCUGCUUGCAGCUACCUUAUGAUCCACGUUUCAUCCCUUCUGUUCCACGUAUGCAGGCAAAAGCUACUUUAUACAUUGUCGUCAAUCUUGUUAAAGACUGCUGCUCUGAGGAGCUGCACUAGUAGACUGUAAUUUGUUCAGCUGGGAGUGCAAAGGAGGAGAGCUGCUGCAGGCUUUCAGGCCAGGGGAGAACCUUGAGGCAUGUGCUAAAAAAAACCAAAACAAACAUUGCAGGAAUGGAAAUGUCUGAAAUCCCACAGGAAGCCAGGGGGCUGCCCAGCCCCAGCAAGGUGGCUUUGCUGAAGGAGAGGACUCAGGAGAUCCUCACCCUCCUGAGUGUGGGGUCCAAGCCAGGGCCCCAGUGCAUAACUGCUUUAUGCUGGUCCCAGAAGCCUGGCCUCCAGUGCUAAGGGCUUUUCCUACCAUUUUCUCACAGUAGGAUUUCCUGCAAAGUUUUACACUAGGGCUUCCCUUAAUCCUGUUUACAAGACGGUGGUUGUUCUGUGAGGUAAGACCCAUCAGGGAUGCUUUUACCAUCCCUCCACAGGUCCCUUUUUAUCAAUCCUCUCUAUCACAUCAGAGAGAAGAUUUUAUCCUGUAUCACUGCUGGGGACAGCACACAGCAUGAAGCUUGUUACCCAGCCUUAUCCAGUUGAUAAGCAAACUCUCCAUAGACAUGUCCUCUCUUCCAUUUUUCUGGUAAUAACUUUUACCACCUCAUUGGUGUCUGCUCUUUUCUGUCCCACCACCAGUGAGGGACAUUUCACACACAAAGGCAGAGAAAGCUGUAACUGCUGUCUCCAUGCCCAGUUUAUAAGAAAACACAGAUAGUGACAGCUAUGCUCAAAGUGCUGACUCCCUUGGCUUUUACUAGCACAGGUAGUUAAGUAGGAUCUCUGAACAGAAAGUAAGGGGUAGGUAGGAAUGGGGGAGAAGAGGCUGGUGGGUAAUGCCGUAGGAAAAAGUCUUGGAUCAUCAGUGCUUGCUUCAGCAUCCUUGGUGAUGAGUGCCUGGGAGAUUGCCAGGAGAGCAACAGGGCAGGACUAAUUGCUAACGCUAAUGUUCUGUAAACCCCUGGCUUUCCUCAGUACAGCCAAGAAGGCUUUCCCCAGCAGGAAAGAGAGCAGGAGCAAUCUCGGGGGCCAUGGCAAGCAGGUAGAGACAAGCAGAAGGACAGGGAGGGUGGGUCAGUACUGGAGCCUGGAGGCUACAUGGGAAGCUGUGCAAGUUGUUUGCAAACCCAGGUGAUUUGCCAUUUUUACCUGCCCAGGUUUACUGCAAAGUGCCUGUAGCAGAUCCAGCUUUACAUGGACUGCUGGCAGGCAGGUCACGCUGGAGCAGUUGUGGUUGAAGUUACUUCUAGCCCAGCCAGAGAGAAAUUAGAAUUUCUCUGCCAUUUCCUGUCAGGAGUCUAAAUUUAGACUGUCCAAAGAACAGAAACAAAUUUGUGACCCAGGUCUCUCAGGAAAUGACAUUCAAAGUUGAAAAAUAACUUUUAUAUAAGGUUGAGCAGGGAGAGCAUGAGAAGAAAAGGCUGUUGAACAGAAUAAGGUAACUCCCCUAUUAAAAUGUCAGAACAAAGCUUUGCAACACCAGUUGCAACGGGCUUGUAAACGUGCCCAAACUCGUCUUUACACAGCCGCAAGCACCACUGCUCAGACUCAAAGGGAACCUGAACUGAUAAGUGGAUUGAAUCUUUUGUUCUUUGUUUUCUGUACUUGUAUGCCUGUUCUCACUUACACCCAACUGACCCUGAAGUAUUCCCAUGGGGUUUAGCUGAACAGAAGGUGGAGCUGAAUCCAGUAAUUUAUGGAUUUGAUUCCAGUGAAAGCAAAUUGCUUGGCUUAAUUUUCCUACAUGCUCAUUUUGCCCUGAGCACCUUUAAAGUGAUUUGGUCUGUGCAUUUAGGCUGUGAGGGGACCCACUCAUACCUGUUGGGGGGAAAUGUUAUCUGUGAUUAUAAACUGUGCUCUAGUCAGCCUCAGAGUGCAGAUCUUCCUUGCAAACCAAAGGUACAGACAUGUCCCAUCAGAGGAGAGGCUGGUACACAGUGUUUCUUUGGACCACACCUCUGCCAUGGUAUAGUGGCCAUGUGAAGCACAUCAUUCCUUGGACUUCCUUGUCUCUCCUGGAUCAAAUCUUUGCCCACCAAUUACUAGCCUAUUAGUAAAAGCCCAUGCUCACAUUUCACAAAAUAAGGUUUGUAAAACAAUUCAGUUCCAUCAGCUGCCAGCCAGUAAAAAUGUCCUAGCACAUUUUAGUGUUGCCCAUGGGCAGUUCUACUUUGAUUGAAAUCUGGGUGGGUAAUCAUAGGAAGCAGCUUUAAAGGAUGGGAGUAGAAGUGAGAUUUUGUGGUUUAAAGUGAAAAACGUUCUUUGAAAACCAAACUGCACAUGGCACCUGAGUCACAAACAUCUCUUUGGCAAUGCCUGUAUCUCUGUGAGACAUCCUAAGGAAAGGUAAAACAGCCUGUCCUCAAUACUGUUCUUGCCAUUUGCUAAACAGGUGAAUUCAACAGAUGAACUCCAAGUGCCUUCCACUGGUUUCCAACCACUCCCUGUGCCCUCAACUUGUGGUUUAAAUAUUUUAGUACAGGCUCUGUCAAAGGAAUGGAAUUAGUGGUGGGUUGAUAGCAGCCACUGAUCUACAGCAUAGCCUCAGGAGCCAUUUGGCUUUAGAAAAUGUCUUGGUCUAAGGUUAUUAUUGCUGUACAGGAGCUGAAUGUCUUCUGAGGGGAGGUGUUGGGUAUUCACUGUUAAGCAGCCACAGAAAAGAGUUUCUCUCUCAAAGUGUCUCUGUAUACAAGUACAACAGGGGGUAUAAAGAUGUAGUUUAGUAAAAUGAUCUAAAAAUUUAUCCAGUAUUCAAGCAGCAGGAUUUGUUGUUUGUUCACCAGCCAUUUUUAAUACAAAAUCUUUGCAGUGUUUUCUCUGUGGUGAAGAAAUGAGACUUUAGGCACCUGUAACAGCUUUGCUGCUGCUCAGUGAGGGGUUGGCUCUCAUAGGACCCUACCUGGUAAACAGCUUUAUUUAUUACCUUUAUUUUUUUAGAAUUGGGGGGGCGUCUGUGUGUAAUAUGUUAGCUCAGAAGCAAAACUAGUACAGAGAUGAAUCUUGGCAAUGCAGCCAGGAUGGGCAGUAACACCAGAACUCUCCAGACUAGGUCAUCCUUGAUUGACAGUGCUGUACUUAAACUGCUGCUUCUAUAGCAGGACACUUGGAUUUGUAUAGAUCUUCUCAUGCAGCUUUAUUUAUAAUAAAGGAAGUCUUGUACAAAAUCUAAA